ACGCCCCGCCCCGCGCUCGCACGCCCCGCCACGCCCGCCCCGCGCUCGCCCGCAUAGUCCCCCUGCUCGGUCGCCAUCAAUCAGCAGCAAGGCGAAGUGGCGAUGAGCGAGACGGAGUCGGCAGCCUCGCUCCCUCGGGGCCCCUGGCUCUGUAUCCUCACAGGGGCCUCGCGGGGGUUCGGAGCGGCCUUCGCAGCGGUCCUGAGUGCAGAGAUCCUGGGCCCUGGCUCCCUCCUCCUCCUCUCCGCGCGCUCCCUGGGGCCCCUGCGCCUCCUCGCCCACCGCCUCCUCGCCCAGCGACACGGGGGGCCCCCGCGGGAGCCAGGGGGGCAGGGAUGCGUGGGGGGCGAGCCCCUCGAGGAAAGGGGACCCCAAGAUGAGAAGGGGCCCCAAGAGGAGAAGGGAUCCCUGUUGGUGAGCUGCCCUGGGGGCUGCCUGCGCUUCCUGUGUGUGGCCGCUAACCUGGAGUGCCCCGAAGGCCUUCAGGCAGUGGAGGCCACUUUGAGGACCCAGGACCCGGGCCAAUACAGGCGGCUGCUGGUGCUGAACAACGCUGGACCGCCGAGUGGGCCCCCCUGUGCCGCCACCUCCAGCUCAACGUGGCUGCCCCCCCUCCUCCUCGCAGGAGCCGCACUACGCUGGUUCCAGGGCCCUGAGGAGUCUGAGGGCACCGGGGACACGAACACGUGGACCGGGGAUGAGGGGCCCUCAGGACGCGUUGCCAUGGUGGUUAACGUGAGCUCUCUGUGCGCCCUCACUCCGUACCCGAGCUGGGCUCCGUACUGCUCGUCACGCGCAGCCAGAGACAUGUUGCACGUCGUCUUGGCAACCGAGGAGCCGCACGUGCGGGUCCUUAACUACGCUCCUGGUCCGAUGGACACAGACAUGCAGGCGGAGGCGUGCGUGCGGACAGGCGACGCGGGGCUACGGGGGCGGCUGGAGAAAUCUCGCGCUGGAGGGGCACUCGUGGACCCCCGCGACUCGGCGCAUGCGCUGCUGCGCCUGCUGCGGGCAGACUCCUUCCGCAGCGGCGCACACGUGGACUACUACGACGUGCCAGGGCCACGCCGCGGGGGAGACGGCGCGGAGACGGCGGCACACCGCGGGAGAGACGGCGGCACACCGCAGGGACAGUGAUGGCACAGAGACGGCACAGAGAUGGCACACCGCGGGAGAGACGGCGGCACACCGCGGGAGAGACGGCACACCACGGGAGAGACGGCACACCGCGGGAGGGACGGCGGCACACCGCAGGGACAGUGAUGGCACAGAGAUGGCACCGCGGAGACGACACAGGCCACACAGGGACAGCGAUGUCAGACCGCGCAGAGGCAAGCCGGUGGCACUGAUGACUAGAGAAUCGCGACGACUGAGACUCGUAGCGAUUGUGGCUGCAAACACGUCACGCGCUGAACAUAAGACACUCCGACGCGGGCUACGUCACAAACUACGCCGGGGCAAUCGUCCUCAACACUAAUGGCGUGGCCCGGCAUCACACCAGUACGAGACGGCAUCACACAGAACGAACAUCUUAAUCACGAGGCCGGCUUAAAGCAAAAGUAUACAGUAGGCGACGUUUCAGGCAAUGGCCCUUCUUCAUGGCACAUGAAUCAACACAACAGCAGGGUCCUGCAUCCCAAACACUACUGACGUCAUUUCUCUUGCAAGGGUGCCGGAGGGCGCCGUGGCGUCAUGCUACACACAGGGCUUUUAGUGUCAUUGCCUGAAUUACUGAAGUCGCGGCUACUUGACCAGGCAUCAAAACACUACGUCAUCACCAGCGAGGCUAUUGGUUCAUAUUAAGAGUCUGGCUCUGCGCGAGUCUGUGCCUCUCUGUGUGAGUCUGCGGCUUUCUCUGUGUGAGUCUGUGCCUCUCUGUGUGAGUCUGUGGCUUUCUCUGUGUGAGUCUGUGGCUGCCCUCUGUGUGAGUCUGUGGCUU